GAGAGAGAAGCCUAGGUGUAGACAAAGAGCAAAGAUUACAGGGGGGAAGCAGAGUUCAGAGGCAGAGAGAGACAGUCUCCAGCAGCACUAGAAUAUUCCCAUAGAGAAGACUAGAAGAAGAUUGGGGCGUAGGAGGAUCCAGACUGUGCAGUGACAUCACAAUGGCUUUAAAAUCUAAAGCAGGAAUAAUGAAUGUCACACUAGGAACAAAAAUUAGGAUCAUUCGAAGUAAGAGAGUGAUAACGGGCAAUACAGUAUCCUCCUGCGAUAUCAUCAUUAGUGAUGGCAAGAUUAGUAGUAUCCUGCCAUGGGGAAAACAACAACAACAAGUGACCAGCGGAGCACAGUUGCUGGAUGUAGGGGAUCUUGUGGUCAUGGCUGGCAUUAUUGACCCUCAUGUACAUGUCAAUGAGCCUGGACGCACGGACUGGGAAGGCUACCGGACUGCCACACUGGCUGCAGCUGCUGGAGGGAUCACUGCUAUUGUAGAUAUGCCACUAAACAGCCUGCCACCCACCACAUCUGUGAGCAAUUUCCAUACCAAGCUCCAGGCCGCUAAGGGACAAUGCUAUGUGGACGUUGCAUUUUGGGGUGGUGUAAUUCCCAAUAAUCAGGUGGAACUGAUACCUCUGUUACAAGCUGGUGUUGCUGGAUUCAAGUGUUUUCUUAUCAACAGUGGAGUGCCUGAGUUUCCCCACGUUAGUGUGAUGGAUCUACACGCAGCCAUGACUGAAUUGCAGGGGACCAACAGUGUUCUACUGGUUAGUGGCAAUAAUAGCUGGCUCCCCCCCUUGGCUGAAAAUGGCGACCCUACACUGUAUGAAACAUUCCUGGACUCCCGCCCAGAUAACAUGGAAGUUGCUGCGGUGGAACUGGUAGCUGAUCUUUGUCUACAGUACAAUUUAAUAGUGCGCUGUCACAUUGUCCACCUGUCAUCAGCACAAUCUCUGACCAUAAUCAGAAAAGCAAAAGAGGCUGGAGCCCCCCUGACUGUAGAGACAACUCAUCAUUACCUAUCCUUGAGCUCUGAGCACAUUCCUCCUGGUGCCACAUACUACAAGUGCUGCCCACCAGUAAGAGGCCAUCACAACAAGGAGGCUCUGUGGAACGCACUUCUGCAGGGCCAUAUAGACAUGGUGGUUUCUGACCAUUCACCAUGCACACCAGACCUCAAGCUUCUGAAAGAGGGAGAUUACAUGAAGGCCUGGGGAGGUAUUUCUUCCCUACAGUUUGGACUGUCUCUUUUCUGGACCUCGGCAAGAACCCGCGGCUUCUCUUUGACUGAUGUCUCCCAUUUGCUGAGCAGCAACACAGCCAAACUGUGCGGCCUUGAUAAUCGCAAAGGAUCUAUUAAAGUGGGUUAUGAUGCUGAUUUGGUCAUCUGGGAUCCUGACAGGGAGUUUCAGGUGAAAGAAAAGGACAUUUAUCACAAGAAUAAGCUCACCCCAUACCUGGGAUUCCUUCUUCAAGGGGAAGUCAUGGCUACUCUUGUACGGGGGACUCUGGUUUAUUACAAGGGGAAGCAUGCUGCCAAGCCCACUGGAGAACUUGUUAAUAUACACAGCGCGGAGCCUGCUAAACCCGGCGCACCCUAUUAUUAGAGAAGACCUACCAAAAAUCUGACCCUUUCGUUUAUAUUAUUAGGAAGUACCUACAAAAUAU